UAACAAAUUCGAAUUGUUUGCGACAUCGUGGAAGCUUAACGAAUGAGUUGUACUCAGAUAUCGAUCGUCACGAAGAAAAGCCCGAGUGCAGAAAAUCAACAACUCGCGUAUCCGUGGCAACCUGACGAAUUAAAGAGUGCGUCAGAAAGCGGAGAGACAAGCGUCGAGUUAAGUAGUAAUUGAAACGUGAUUGGCAUGCGCUUCUCAGAGAUCCUACACGAAUCCGGUUCGAUUGCUACUCAACCGCUAUUCAACCGUUGUCUCCGCCGAACGCGUACAGCGACGAGGGUAAGCUGCGCACGCUUUGCGGUGUAAUCUUCGGGAACGCUCCCCGCAUCCGUCAUCAUGGGCAACGAGGAGGUAGAUAUAAUUAGCGUCGUGCAGAAACCCGAGAAGAAAAGUCUGCUCGAGAGGUACAACAUACCGAUCGAACAUCUCUCGUAUGAAUUCAUAUCACGGUGCGCCAAUGGAAAAACCUUGGAGCGAAUCAUUCUCAUCUUGCGUUCUGGCGAAGAAGGAAUAUAUCCAGAUUUGACGAAGCACGCAGAGGAACAUCUUGCUAAGAUUAAACCGACGAGCGCUGUUUUGAGGAAGGCGGAGCCAGUUUUGAGACGAAAUAUGUUGAAUGCCGAGGAACGGCAGGAAAUCGACGACGACAUCAGCACUUGGACGUGUGAGAUGCAAUCUCGCGAGAAAGAUCUGGACGAAGGAAAAGCCACCCUUAUUACUGAUCCGUGUUCACAGCCGGAAAUUCGAAAGAUAAAAUCGGACGUCGAAAAAGACAAAAAGAUGAGAGUCAACGAGAAAAAGCACGAUAAGCCGAAACGAAUAACCUCGUGCGACUACGCGGCCUGGGAUAAAUAUGACGCCGACACGGAAAUAAACAGGAUAGACCUGCAGGACGACCAACGACAGGCCGAAAUGAAGAGAAUCCAGCAACGGCGAAAGGAUUUGGAUAAAACGAAUAACAUGGCACAUAAAACGACACUCAAUAAACUUUCGUUAACCGGCACGGAAGUAAACGUACUAGCAGCGCAAGAGAAAGAAAAGGGAAACGAAGCUUUCAGAGCAGCCGAUUACGAAGAAGCCCUUCGGCAUUACAACGCUAGCAUCGACAUUGAUUCGAAUCUAAAUGCUUAUAACAAUCGCGCUAUGACAUUUAUAAAGCUGCAACGUUACGAGGAUGCGCUUAAUGACUGCAAUACGGUACUUAGGAUGGAUUACAAAAAUAUCAAAGGACUUCUUCGUCGAGCAUUGUCUUUGGAAAAUCUCGAAAAAAUACACGAGGCCUUGGCAGAUUAUGAAGCUGUCUUAAAAUUAGAGCCAACUAACAAAACGGCAAUAUCCGGCGUGAACAAGCUGAGAAAACCGUGCGAAUCGCGAAAAAUAAGGAUGAAGAUAGAAGAAAAUGUCAACGACGGUGAAGACAAGGUCGAGCAAAUAAAAUCGGAGAGAAUUGUGAAAACGAACGGUACCGAACGUCCGAAACAGCGUACUAACAACGAUAUAUGUUAUUGCGACAGAGCGCCAAGCUCAUCGCGAAAUGUUGCGACGAAACCACACGUAAAAACGAGUUACUGCGUGGAAACUGAGAGCAAUAAAGCAGCAGCAGCAGCGGAUGCCGUGGCAAAUAAAAGCAACGGGAAAACUACACGCGACUCUUCGAGCGGCAAUAAAUUAUCACCUGUUGCGAAAGAUUUCGGCGGCAGAAAUAAAACGUUCACAUUGCAAGAUUCCUACGCUAGUAGGAAUGAAGACAUUUCCACGAUUUUUCCCGAAUCAUUUACUAGAUCACGCGGUGCAGAGGGCAGCUUGAAGAAAUCUAUUUUUUCAUGCAUGUCAGCGCCUCGUAAGGCGAAACCUUCUUCUGUUAUCAUCGAAGAGCUUCCGAACGAUGAAACAUACGAGAAAUCGAAAGGUGCAAACUCUGGAAAAACGAAAGGAAAGAUGAAGAAAGAAACUGACCCGAAGGAAGAGAAAAAUACGUCAAUAAGAGAAUCAUGCACAAGUCAAAAUAAGAAAUUAUCCUCCCCUGCAAAGAAAAACGGUACAUUAAUAUCAAAUAAAGCUGAAACGCUUAAUGAAUGUAAAAAAUGGAAUGAAAUCAAUGACUCGAGAGAGACUAAACUGGAAAUGGAGAAAGAAACAAGCCAGGGAAAAGAAAAAAAUGCGCUGACCAAGAAAUCAGAUAUAGAGGAAAAUAAAAAUUCAUUUUCUCUUGAAAAGAAAAGCAAGACUGAAACGUCGAGUUUAAAAUCGAACAAGAUUCAUUCGAGAAACGAGAGCAAAGAAAGCUACGACAGAAAAUUGGAAAUGGAUCUUGAGAAACUGGAGCAUAUCGAAUCGCCUUAUGAAUUUUUACGUUUGUGGCAAUCACUGAAGGAUGCUACUUUGACGUUACAUGCGAAACUUUUGCGGAUUGUGGCGUACGAGGAUAUAAAUAAGAUUAUAGGCAAUAAACUGGAUGCAACGAUGCUCAGCCUUAUUUUGCGCUGUUUGGAACAACAAUUUUGCACACCGAAAGACACAGAUUUGCUCGUGAAUCUGCUAUGCUCAUUGAGUCAAUUGAAUCGAUUUUCCAUCGUUUGUAUGUUUAUGGAUGCCAAUGAUAAAAAAGCUCUAGAAAAUAUAUUGCGUUUCCUGGAAAAGGAGAAUUCACCCAAAGUCUCGCAAUUGCGACAAAUCUACGUUACCUGAAGCAUUAUUAGCAUUACCGAACAUAUGCAAAUUCAGUUUAGUCUUUAAAAAACGAGACAGACAAUUUAAUUCAUCAUAUUAGUUAUAAAUGCACACACAUAAGCACACCAUUAACUGAAUAAUACAAACAGACAAAAGCACACGUGCCACGCAGAGGAAUCUCUUCAUCUUCGUCGAGAAAACUCCGUUGUGCUUCACGACGCACUUCACACACGCGAACACACGUUCAAGUUCCGACGGACUCAUCAGACCGUGAUUGCGGAGAUCAGAAAACAUCAAUCGUAUGAAAACAAUCGCCCGUUGUUUCAUUCGGCACUCCCGACGCGUUCGCGCGACAAGAUCAAUGGAGAUAUUUGAAAAGUGUGGGGAAUCGCGGCAGCGCGACUCGAUUUCAGACUGGUGGCGGCAUCUGUCAUGAAGAAUCCGUACCGACGACCUCUCACGGGCCCGUCGAUAAUUUUCGAUAUUGCGAAUGUCGGAGAAUGAGUUAAGGUGAUCCUGGAGUUGCUA